GGCUUCCCCACCCUACCCCCCGGCUUCCCGAGAGGGCUCCGGAGGCGUGGGAGCGUGGUCGCCGCCACCGGGACCUCUGGAGAAGAGAGGACUCCGGUUUCCCCCCUUUCCAGGGUGAGGAUGGUUUUGUACAACAACCUGGAGUUCUUUAGUUGAAAGGUGCGCUCUGUCGAGACAAGGCAUUUUGCUUUGCUGUCUUGUUACAGCAUGGACACCAAAUUGCUAGAAACGUGCUUUGGGACUGCCAGUGAAUUUAUCUUUUGUGGUUUUCCUACAAACUUAGUAGUUCCCUUUUUUUUGAGUUAAUAUUUUGGAGUUAAUGUCACAAUGAGUUCAGGCUUAUGGAGCCAAGAAAAAGUUACUUCACCCUACUGGGAAGAGCGGAUUUUUUAUUUGCUUCUUCAAGAAUUCAGUGUCACAGACAAACAAACACAGAAGCUCCUUAAAGUUCCAAAGGGGAGUAUAGGACAGUAUAUCCAAGAUCGUUCUGUGGGGCACUCGAGGAUUCCGUCUGCAAAAGGCAAGAAAAAUCAGAUUGGAUUAAAAAUCCUAGAGCAACCACAUGCAGUUCUCUUUGUCGAUGAAAAAGAUGUUGUAGAAAUAAAUGAAAAAUUCACAGAGUUGCUUUUGGCCAUUACCAAUUGUGAAGAGAGGCUCAGCUUGUUUAAAAACAGAAACAGACUAAGUAAAGGUCUCCAGAUAGAUGUGGGCUGCCCUGUGAAAGUACAGCUGAGAUCCGGGGAAGAAAAAUUUCCUGGAGUUGUGCGCUUCAGAGGACCCUUAUUAGCAGAGAGGACAGUGUCGGGAAUAUUCUUUGGAGUAGAAUUACUGGAAGAAGGCCGUGGCCAAGGUUUCACUGACGGGAUCUAUCAAGGGAAACAGCUUUUCCAGUGCGAUGAAGACUGUGGAGUGUUUGUUGCGUUGGACAAGCUAGAAGUCCUAGAAGAUGACGACCACGGACUGGAAAGUGAUCACGCAGGCCCAGGGGACACCGUGCAGACGGGGCCCCCCCCGCUGGAGAUAAACUCCAGAGUCUCCUUGAAGCUCGGAGAGACCGCAGAGUCCGGCACAGUUAUAUUCUGCGAUGUCUUGCCUGGGAAGGAAAGCUUAGGAUAUUUUGUUGGUGUGGACAUGGAUAAUCCUAUUGGCAACUGGGACGGAAGAUUUGACGGCGUGCAGCUUUGUAGUUUUGCAAGCGUCGAAAGUACAAUUCUCUUGCAUAUCAACGAUAUCAUGCCAGAUAGCGUGACACAGGAAAGGAGGCCUCCCAAACUUGCCUUUAUGUCAAGAGGUGUUGCGGACAAAGGCUCAUCCAGUCAUAAUAAACCAAAGGCUACAGGACCUACCUCAGACCCUGGAAAUAGAAACAGAUCUGAAUUAUUUUAUGCCCUAAAUGGAUCUUCUGUUGACUCACAACCACAAUCCAAAUCAAAAAACACAUGGUACAUUGAUGAAGUUGCCGAAGACCCCGCAAAAUCACUUACUGAGAUAUCUCCAGACUUUGGGCAUGCUUCACCGCCACUGCAGCCUCCUUCCAUGAACUCUCUAUCCACCGAGAACAGAUUUCACUCCUUACCAUUCAGUCUGACCAAGAUGCCCAAUACCAAUGGAAGUAUUGGCCACAGUCCACUUUCUCUGUCAGUUCAGUCCGUGAUGGGAGAGCUAAACAACGCACCUGUGCAGGAGAGUCCGCCCUUGGCCAUGGCUCCUGGGAACUCCCAUGGUCUGGAAGUGGGCUCGCUGGCUGAAGUUAAAGAGAACCCUCCUUUCUAUGGGGUAAUCCGUUGGAUUGGUCAGCCACCAGGACUCAACGAAGUGCUAGCUGGACUGGAACUGGAAGACGAAUGUGCGGGCUGCACAGACGGAACCUUCAGGGGCACGCGGUACUUCACCUGUGCCCUGAAGAAGGCGCUCUUUGUCAAGCUGAAGAGCUGCAGGCCCGACUCGAGAUUCGCCUCCCUGCAGCCGGUUUCCAAUCAGAUCGAGCGCUGUAACUCGCUAGCAUUUGGAGGCUACUUGAGUGAAGUGGUGGAAGAAAAUACCCCGCCCAAAAUGGAAAAAGAAGGUUUAGAGAUAAUGAUCGGAAAGAAGAAGGGCAUCCAGGGUCAUUACAAUUCUUGUUACUUAGACUCAACCUUAUUCUGCUUAUUUGCUUUUAGUUCUGUCCUGGACACUGUGUUACUUAGACCUAAAGAAAAGAAUGAUGUAGAAUAUUACAGUGAAACGCAAGAGUUACUGAGGACAGAAAUUGUUAAUCCGCUGAGAAUAUACGGAUAUGUGUGUGCCACAAAGAUUAUGAAACUGAGGAAAAUACUUGAAAAAGUUGAGGCUGCAUCAGGAUUUACCUCUGAAGAAAAAGAUCCUGAAGAAUUCUUGAAUAUCCUAUUUCAUCAUAUUUUGAGGGUAGAACCAUUGUUAAAAAUAAGAUCAGCAGGUCAAAAAGUACAAGAUUGUUACUUCUAUCAAAUUUUUAUGGAAAAAAAUGAGAAAGUUGGAGUUCCUACAAUUCAGCAGUUGUUAGAAUGGUCUUUCAUCAACAGUAACCUGAAGUUUGCAGAGGCACCAUCAUGUCUCAUUAUUCAAAUGCCUCGAUUUGGAAAAGACUUUAAACUGUUUAAAAAAAUUUUUCCUUCUCUGGAAUUAAAUAUAACGGAUUUACUUGAAGACACCCCCAGGCAGUGCCGGAUCUGCGGGGGGCUCGCCAUGUACGAGUGCAGAGAGUGUUAUGACGACCCCGACAUCUCAGCUGGAAACAUCAAGCAGUUUUGUAAGACCUGCAACACCCAAGUCCACCUUCAUCCCAAGAGACUCAACCACAAAUAUAACCCGGUGUCCCUUCCCAAAGACCUGCCCGACUGGGACUGGAGGCACGGCUGCAUCCCCCGCCAGAAGAUGGAGCUGUUUGCUGUGCUCUGCAUAGAGACCAGCCACUACGUCGCCUUCGUGAAGUACGGGAAGGACGACUCUGCCUGGCUCUUCUUCGACAGCAUGGCCGACCGCGAUGGUGGUCAGAACGGCUUCAACAUUCCUCAAGUUACCCCGUGCCCGGAAGUGGGCGAGUACUUGAAGAUGUCUCCGGAAGACCUGCACUCCUUGGACUCCAGAAGAAUCCAAGGCUGUGCGCGGAGACUUCUGUGCGACGCGUACAUGUGCAUGUACCAGAGUCCAACGAUGAGUUUGUACAAAUGAGCGGGGGUCACCUGGGCGGGGGCGGGGACCGAGUGUGAGACUGCACUGUCGCAUUUUACCGGCUCUGGCAGUUGUGUUCCACGUCCAUUGCCGGCAAUGGACGCGUUCGUGGUGAUGAUCCUUCAGAAAAGGAUUCCUGUGUUUAAAAAAACAAAUUGCUUUUGUGUUUCUGAAGUACUUAAUAAGAAGCAUUUUGCACUCUAGAAAGUAUGUUUGUGUUGGUUUUUUAAGAAGUCUAAAUGAAGUUAUUAAUACCUGAAGCUUUAAGUUAAGUGCAUUGAUCAUACGAUAUUUUUGGAAGCAUAAAAUUUUAAUUGUGACAGUUUCAAACCUCUUUUAGUCCAUUGAGAAUGUAAAUAAAUGUGUCUUCUUUAUGGACCAAGGAUAUGAAAUCACUUUUCCUUUUAGCUAACAGUUGCCUUGAGGAAGCACUAUUUUGGUUUUAUUAAGAGUCUCCUUUUGCUCCAGUUACUAAAACUGUACUUGAGUUUGAUUUGUUAAUUCUUUCCUAGAUAGCGCUGGUCCCUGCAUGUCGGUGAUCUGCCGAGUUUCCGUGUUUCCGCAGUAGUGGGCAGAAAAGUGCUGCAGUUCCGUUACCGGUGUUGUUUUCUAUUUGUUCUGGGUUUGAGAUCUCUAAGUGAUUUUGUCACAAAACGUCUAUUUUUGAUGUAAUUUUCCUGGGGGAUUAGAAUACACAGCUACUGAAACUUCUCAUUCAUAGUUGUAACUGUCAGAGAAGAGGUUUGGGGGCUUUUUUUUGUUUUUUGUUUUUUGUUUUGUUUUUAUUUUUGGUGUUGUUAAGGCUCUCUAUUUUAUGGAACAGGGUACAAUGCAUCUUAUUAAAGGAUUGGGGUCAUAAAUAUAUUUCUACACAAAUGUAUGGUCCAUCAGAACGUAAAUUUGAAUGUAGACUACUCAGUCAAACCUCCCUGAAGAGACGUCUCGGCUGCCCAGACCCCUGCUGCUCUAAAGACCGCCCAGAACUUCCAUGAGGUCAGCCCGUCUGCUCCCUGAAUGCAGUUUGAUUUCGCAGGAGGUAAUGGCAGUUUCGAGGUUUGAUGGCGAUGUUAGCAGCAGCGGGGUCCGCCUUCCGAUUAUGUCGAAAGUGGGUGUCUUCUCCGCCGACAUCAGUGUGUGUCUGGGCUCCAGUGGAUGUCGUGGGCCAGAACCACAGAUUGUGAAUGUCCGUGCCGUGGAACGUGCUGUGGGCUGUGUUUUCUUCGAGUGUUGUCUCGUGGCCUCGUUGUCCUUCCGCAGAGACUUCCUAACCAUGCAGGAAGACCGAGGAGUUGUCGCGUGCAUGUAACGUAGGACUUUGUAGAACAUUCAGUGUCAAAAAAAAAAAAAAAAAGCAGAAAGCAUCUUUAUAAACCCUGCAAUUACUUUUUUUUUAAGUCUCGUUUACUUUUGGUUCUGUCAUUCCAUUUUGCUAAUAUUCCUUAGCUUUAUAAAUUGUAGUAAGGCACAACAGCGCUUUCGUUCUGUAACUUUUUUCAUUUUUGAAAUGAAAAAGUACGUAUGUUUUGCAUGCGGUUUUGCUAAAUGUUUGGGUGGGUUGGAGAGGCGGAUACUGGGGCAGGGGUUUGGUGAGGAGCCCAGGCUCAGGGCUGGCUCUGCUCCUACCCCCUCCUCGGGUACUAAGGGAAGGGUCUGGGUACACGAUUCAGAGGCUCCGAUCUUAGCUAAGUCCUGUCACCCCUUAGUAAAUAGGUGCUGAGCGAAUAAAUGGAUGAAUGAGCUUAUUAAUGGGAUUUUUAAGGAGAUUAUCUGGAGGAAUGACCAGGAAUCUCUAGGUAAGACUGGAUCUAACAGUUAAAGAAGAGAAAGUUCCUUUUCUGUAAAAAUUAAAAGGCACGUUCAAGAAGGUAUGUCUUGCUCAGCCUCUGGUGGCAGAGGACUUAAAGAAAUCCUGCCUGGGGUUCCCCGUCUCCCCCACCCCUACCCCACAUGGAGGCUCUUCCCAGGGGGCAGGGCCACAUCCAUAAAUUAUUUCUAAGGCACUCGGGAUGCUGGAGCCUGCCGUGGUGCUCCCUGUGGGGGGCCGGGCUCUCCCCCUGGUCCUAGACGGUCCCUCUGGGUGCCGCCUCCUUGUCCCUGCCCCAGCGCAGCCCGCGUGGUAUGUGGGCACCAGCAGGGCGGGGCUGUGUGGCACUGGUGGCUCGUACACCUGCUGAUGUAGUCACAUUUUAGCCCUAAAUGUUCUUUACUAUUUACCCGUUUGCUUUUAAAAUGCUUUGGUGAUCCCUUUUUCCAUAUCAUAUCUAAAGUCAAGAUGGCAGUGUAAUAGAAUUAUUUAUAACGUGGUUUAUGAUUCAUAGCUACACAUAGAAAAUAUAACAAGUCCUGUUCCCUGACCUCCAAUUAAAUUCACACUGUGUGUGUGUGUGUGUGUGUGUGUGUGUAUGUGAGAGAGAGAGAGUAUGGAAGGAAGCGGGGGAUAGAGGGAGAGAGAGGAACUAGGUAGUGAUGUAGAGGCUAAAUGUAUUUAGUCCCUCACAGUCAGCUUUAUAAAGGAGUUAUGGUGUGACUCCAUUCUGAAAGAAUGUUACAGAAGACUAGGAAAACAUGCUGAAAACCAAGAGAAACUCACAAAACUUGGUAACAUACGGUUGUAACAAUUGCUGAGGAUGAUCUCCUUAGAAUAGUUUAGGAUCUCUAUAAUUCACAUUUGCCAAAUGUUAUAGGUAAAUGGCUUCUUUCUAUCCCUUGGAUUCAUUUUUUUUUUCACCUAACACAUAAUUCAGGAACAAGGGGAAGACAUAGUCAUUAAUCUUAUGCAACUUGUAUUGUCGUUCUAAGUCCUGUUGUUUGAACUUGGCGUCUUCAUUUUAAGUUCAGGCUUUACUCCCCUCGUCGGGCAGAUCUGGACACGCAGCUAGAUGACCCUGCACCUGCUGGGGUGACGGUGGACAGAGAUGUGAGCCGACAGGACAUUUAUUACCUAGGACUGUGUCAAAAGGAAUAGGAGGCGGGUCCCUGCCUUCAAACAGCUUCGCACCGGCUUCUGACGACAGAAUACCUACAAAUGGUUGCUUAAGGGGUGACAGGUCUUGGAGAAAAUUCUGGGACACAGUAACAGAAAAAGUGAUGGACUAGGGGACAAGAGACCAGACUCCACCCCUUUCUCUGGCACUUGCCCUGCUAGCCUGAGAUGACUUGACUUCUUUGGACCUUAGUGUCCUCUGUAUCACAAGGCGGUUCUGGAAUAUCAAAUUUCAUGGGGAAAAAACAUUUCUAGGUCCCACGCAUGCCCAUUGGGUCUGACUCUUUAUGAGUGGAGCCUGGGAAAUUUGUUCAUAAAAGACUCACCAGCUGAGCCUGAUUGCUAACCAGAUUCAAAGACUACUGAGCUCAAAAUCUCAAAAAUAUCUUUUCUUUCUGUGAUCCUGUGGUUGUAUAAUGUUAUCACAUUAAUUACAUGUAAUUAAAUGUAGGUAGUUGGAUGUUUAUCACGUUGUGUAUCUGUGUUUACCUAUGAUUUUAUGUAAGAAAUGCAUUUUAGUAUACAUAUACCUCAACUCACGGUUUCUUCGAGGUUUUGGCAGUCUUUGGAACACACACAGAUCUUAAGAGGAAAUCUGAUGUUGUUUACCUGAACAUUUGUCUUCCACUUUAUUUCUUUAGGGGAAACUGAGGCUCACUCUGGGUACCAAAGAAAUGGAAAAGCAAAACUGUCAUGUGACAUUAAAGAAAAGCAUUGUUUCUCACUCUCUGCUACUUUACGAAGAAAAUUUUAACAUUUAUCUGAGAAGACGUCCCUCUGGGGUACUAGGGCCUCGAAGCAAAACGUCCUUGUUAAAGUAGGUGAGGCAUAAUGCUUAAAAUGAAAUAUAAGCCCCCCCUUCCCUUGCAGUCAGUGAUGUUAACAAGACACCCCCGGCCCCCCUUUGGUGAGAGGAGUACUUGAGCUCCCGAGGCAGGAGGGGCGUGUGGAGGAGGACAGUGUGUGAACAGGGGAGCCCCGUGCGCAGAGGAGAGGGGGGCAGGGCAGAGGCCACCCCCUCCCCGCGGACGCGGUGCACGGGAAAGGGGCUCAGGGAAGACAGCUGCCGUGUGUCACUGCUCACAGAGACCAGGGCUCUGGAGGGUGACGCUGCCUGCAGGGAGUAGACGCUGCCCUGGUCUAGUCUCCUUCCCGAAGUUUCACCCGAGGGAAAAGAGAAAGGGCCCUUCGUCCUAUUCUACAUCCUGGGCCAGCGGCAGGGUGUCUCCUGAGUCCCAAAGCAGAGGUCAGCAGCCAGCCAGCACCGGGAGCCGAGGAGGGUGGGGACAGGGGGCACUCCCCGCCCCCCAUCGCAGUUCGUGCUGGCCUUACGGGUCACUCCAGAGCCCUGGUUUCCUGGCCUUCGGUCUUGGCCAUUUUUGUUUGACCACAUAUGUUUUGGUCUCUCAUGCUGUCAUGUAGGUCAGGGGAAGGGACCGUUAUGGGGGAGGGCUGGCCUUCCAAGCACGCCGGGCCUCCGAUCUCUCUUGCACUUUUAAAUACUGUCCACUUUUGGUUUGUACUUUUCUGGAGAGAUGAGGGUGGAGACCCCACUGUCCCUGUUUUGUUUUGUAAAAGGGCCUACAGUACCAUCGAGUUUUAACUCCAGAGAGUCUUAGGGUCCUGUCACAGCAUUCUUUUUUUUUCUUUUAAUCCCAUUUGAAACUUCCCAGGGAAGUUGAGGUUAUUCAUAAAUGGCUAUCGCAUUUUGUACUGCAUUUCGCAUAUCUGGUGUCUUGUUGAACCAUUUUAUUUUUGGCCUGAAGAAUAUCCUGUAUUUAUGAAGACAUUUCUUUAAAAAUAACACCACGUAAAAUAUCCCUUUACUAUCAGAUUGCUCUGAUUUAGCCUUAAUUUUGUUAAACUUUUUAGAGACGAAUGAAGUGCUGCUGUGGAAAGAAAUGUACUAUAUACUAUUUCUGUAUCAUUAAAACUAAAUUUUUAUGGUUC